GUGACCCCUUGGACACGUCUCCUGCCAGCAGUAAGGAGAAGAUGGCACGCUUGGUGCCUCUGCUGUUGGGGGCGGCCCUGCUCGCCCCAGGACUUGCUCAAAUCAUUCCUCGUCGGGAAUGUGGAGAGGUUGAUGGUGACAUUUACCAGUUCUCAGCCAAGUCGCUGGAGAAUGGGACAGACGUGAGCUUCGAGGAGUUCCGAGGCAAGGUGGUGUUGGUAAUCAACGUAGCCACCUACUGAGGGCUCACCGUCCCUUCAUAUACCCAAAUGAAUGCACUCGCGGAGUUCUACGUUGAUCAGGACUUCGUAAUCCUUGGAUUCCCCUGCAAUCAGUUUGAAAUGCUGGAGCCGGCGGCCAACGCAGAGAUCAUGAACGGGAUCCGCUACGUACGUCCCGGGGACGGAUUCGAACCCUUGAUGACCCUGUUCGAAAAGACUGAGGUCAAUGGCGCGACCGAGGACCCGCUCUUCACCUUCUUGAAGAGCGCCUGCGAGUCCACGUACACGGAGUUCUACUCUAGUCUCUUUUAUGAGCCCAUCAGGAUUGGGGACAUUCAGUGGAACUUCGAGAAGUUCCUGAUCGGUAAAGAUGGUAAGCCAUACACUCGCUACCACCCGGAUGUUGUGGACCCCGAGGCCCUCAAGGAUGAUAUCAACACCCUUCUCAGCGCCUAGGGGCCCUCCGGGGGGACUUCACGCUGUUGCUGAGGACACCCACAUGUUAUCCUCAAGCUGAGGACACCUACAGCUAAUCCUCAAGCUGAGGACACACACAUCUUAUCCUCAAGGACACAGAAACAUCCUAUCCUCAGGCUACCAGUUAAGGCUGCACGUCCAGCUCCGGCCCACCUCCAUGCAGCGCCCCGCCCAUGACGACGCCGCCAAAAACCCUCAGGUGGGCAGCGUCCGAAGCAGCGGGGAGGGCGCACCCACUUGUGCAUUCCGGAUGCGACUCUUCUGACUAUGGGCUGCUGCAUAGGCUGGGCUGGGCUGGACGGGGCCGCUGGCAGUCGUCAGCCCUGAAGCCCUGUACCCUAAUUAUGAAAUCGCUGUUGAAAAUAAACAUUUUCAUCAAUCAGCGUU